AGUGAGGGCUGUCUGUCCUGACGGUGUUCUUCGUAGUAGAGACUGGUGUGACUGCGGGAGGAAGCCUUUAGCAGUAGGUGCGUUCAUCGGAAUAAGAGUAUGCGGAACUCCCUGCGGACCGAUGAUGAUGAUGUUGAAAGAGAUCUUGUAAAGGCAGGUUGUAACUGACCGAGCCACCCGACCCCGAGUUGAGAGGCGGACAAACAUCUCGCAUCUUUUCAAAUGCCGUCAACCAGUUCGACCUAGCAGCUAGUCUUCCUUCGUAUUCUAUAUCCGUCGUUUCCAAAGAUAUACCACCGCAGUCUCAAGGACUCCACACUGAAUACAGACGCUCACCGUUGCCUCUCCACCUCUGUGUCCGAGGAGGAGUACACACCAGCCAGGCCGCCGUCAUCAUCACCACCCGCAGCAGCAGCUGGCUUCGCAUUGAGUGUUAGCGGCUAACCGGCUCACGUAAACAGGUCAUUUCUGGAACAAGCCAUGGCACAGUAUUUCAUCUGUAUACUUCAACUUUCCGUGUUGUGAUGGAAAAGCACCACUGAUUCAAAAGGGAACUUCUAUCCUGGAUGCCGUGACAUACAGGACAGGGUGAAUCCAAGAUGGAGAAAAAGAAAAUAUGCCCUCGUCUCCUCGACUACUUGGUAGUGGUUGGAGCAAGGCAACCAAGCAGUGACAGUGUGGCCCAGACACCUCAGCUCCUCCGCCGCUACCCGCUUGAGGACCACCAUGACUUCCCACUCCCACCAGAUGUGGUGUUUUUUUGCCAACCAGAGGGUUGCCUAAGCAUACGCCAGCGUAGGGUCAGCCUUCGUGACGACUCUUCAUUUGUUUUCACGCUGACGGACAAGGACUCAGGAACCACCCGCUACGGAAUCUGCAUCAACUUCUACCGCUCUUUUCAGCGCGGACAUCACCGCACUCGAGGGGACAAGAGCAGUCAUUCAGAGACGGCAGCACAGGCAGCAGAGACCACGAGCGAAGGGUCUGAUUGCAGUGGUGGAGGCCCGCACUCUGCGUUAUCUCCACCUACCAAUCCUGACUCUACACCCCCGCCCGCCUCUGGAGAACAGAGCGGAAGAUCGUGUGCCGAGCAAAAUGCCGGAAAAUCCCCACAACACAGACGAAGUGCCGCUAAGAUGGCAGCUAGGAAUCGCAACAGCACAUUAACCUCGCUGUGCAUACUCAGCCACUACCCCUUUUUCUCCACCUUCAGGGAAUGUUUAUAUAUUCUCAAGAGGUUGGUCGACUGUUGCAGUCAGAGGCUUACCCAACGAGCUGGGCUCCCUCGUGCCACCCAAAGGGACACCAUGUGGCGAGUUUUCACUGGUGCGAUGUCGGUGGAUGAGAAAGGCAGCCAGCUGCUGGCCGACCUGCGGGAGAUUGAAUCUUGGGUGUACCGGUUGCUGCGAUCACCAGUACCAUUAGCUGGUCACAGACGUGUGGAUGUGGAAGUGUUGCCCCAUGAACUCAAACGUCCUCUUACCUUUGCUUUGCCUGACAACUCCCGCUUCGCCAUGGUCGACUUUCCCCUGCACCUGCCCUUAGAGCUACUCGGUGUGGAUGCCUGUCUCCAGGUUCUCAGCUGUAUACUUCUAGAGCACAAGGUCAUUCUUCAAUCCAGAGAUUACAAUGCGUUAUCUAUGAGUGUUAUGGCCUUUGUGGCCAUGAUCUACCCUCUGGAGUACAUGUUCCCUGUCAUCCCUUUACUGCCAACAUGCAUGGCCUCCGCUGAACAGCUCCUCCUUGCACCCACUCCCUACAUCAUCGGUGUACCAGCCAGUUUCUUUCUCUACAAAGCUGACUUCAGAAUGCCAGAUGAUGUGUGGCUUGUGGACCUUGACAGCAGCAAGGUUGUCGCACCCACCAAUGCAGAGCUGCUACCACCUCUUCCGGAGCCUGAAGCAGCUGAGCUAAAGAAACAUCUAAAACAGUGUCUGGUUAGGUUGACCGUGAUCACCCAAAAGCAGAUCUUCUCCUCUGAAAAUAAGGCCUUGGCCAGUAUGAGUUUGAACACCCAACCCAUCCUGAACCUGGAGAAGUUUCAGGAAGGUCAGGAGAUGCCCCUGCUCCCACCUGGACGAGAUAAAGCAUCACCGUCCUCCACGGAGUUCAACCCUCUAAUUUAUGGAAAUGAUGUGGAUUCUGUAGAUGUCGCAACCAGGGUGGCCAUGGUACGGUUCUUCAACUCCCCAAACGUUCUUCAGGGAUUCCAGAUGCACACACGCACCUUGCGUCUUUUCCCCCGACCAGUGGUGGCUUUUCAGUCGUCGUCUUUUCUUGCAUCUCGGCCACGGCGCUCUAGCUUUGCAGACAAACUUUCUCACACACAGGCAGUGGAGUUUUAUGGAGAGUGGGCUCUCAAUCCCACUAAUCUUGCCUUUCAGAGGAUACAUAACAAUGUGUUUGACCCUUCCUUAAUCGGAGAUAAGCCCAAGUGGUAUGCUCACCAGCUACAGCCAGUGGUCUACAGAGUUUAUGAUGGAAGCUCCCAGUUGGUUGAAGCUAUGGCCGGACCAUUGGAGGAUGAGGGCAAUGAAUCUGAUCCCACAGACAGUGGUAGUGACAGUGAGGCAUAUGAUGACUCCAGCUCAUCUUAUUCCUCACUUGGAGACCUUGUAAGUGAGAUGAUCCAAGGUGACAUCCAGGGAGACACCCCAAGCUUGGACCCUCCAACCCAUGCUGCACUGGGAGAUGCUAGCGAGGUUGAAUUUCAUGACUUUCAGGACUACAGGGAUGGUCACGGCUCGGAGAUUCCAUCCGCUGGCGAGGGACCUGCUGAAUCUACUGAUGGACAACCUCUACGCUCAAGCUCCAGCACAACUGCAAGUUCAAGUCCCAGUACAAUCAUCCAGGGAGUCAACAAUGAGCAGGGGGAAGCAUCUGAAAUUGAAGCGUCAGCAAGUGCAGCUUUACAGAACCCAGUCACUGGAUUGGGCACACAGCCAUUCCUCAGACCUCCAGCUGAUGCUGGCCUGAUGGACCCAGCCAACAAAAAGCAAGAGUAUGACAACCCAUACUUUGAGCCUCAGUAUGGCUUCCCAUCAGAGGAUGACCCUGAUGCAGAGGAGCAAGUAGAGACAUACACCCCUCGAUUCAACCAGAACCUCAAUGGCAACAAGGCUCAGCGUCCGUUACGUCCUAGUAGCCUGAGGCUCCCUGGAGAGUCUGAUGGGGAGGGAGACUCCCGCAACAGCUCGCCAAACUCCACUAUUUCCAAUAGCAGCAAUGACGGAUUUGGAGGACUCAUGUCCUUUGCUAGCAAUCUAUACAAGAACCACGGCACCAGUUUCAGUCUGUCCAAUCUGGCCCUGCCCAACAAGGCAGCGAGGGAGAAAGCAACACCUUUCCCCAGUUUAAAAGGCGUACGUCCACCGCGAGCCCUUGUGGACCAGAAGUCUUCAGUAAUCAAGCACAGUCCAACAGUAAAGAGGGAAUCUCCAUCUCCUCAGGGUCGAGUCAACAACACAAGUGAGAACCAGCAGUUCUUGAAGGAAGUGGUGCAGAGUGUUCUGGAUGGUCAGGGAGUCGGCUGGCUUAACAUGAAGAAAGUGCGUCGUCUGUUGGAGAAUGAGCAGCUUCGUGUCUUUGUCCUGAGUAAGCUGAAUAGAGUCAUCCAGUCGGAGGAAGAUGCCAGACAGGAGAUCAUACGUGAUGUGGAGGUGAGCAGAAAGGUUUACAAAGGCAUGUUGGACAUCUUGAAGUGCACAGUUUCAAGUCUGGAGCACUCUUACACUAAUGCAGGCCUUGGAGGAAUGGCCAGUGUCUUCAGCUUAUUUGAAAUUGCACGCACACAUUAUCAAACCAAAGACCCAGAAAAACGCAAGCGAAGCCCCACAGACAGUGCUGGCAGCCCGGGAAGUAAAGAGAGUCCUUCUGGUCGUAUGGAGACUGCCAGACCUCAGGGCCUCCUGAAUAUUCCCCACCUGCAGCUCCCACAUCACUCAACGGGCAAAGGAGCCCGCCAUUUUGAUACCAGGAGUCUGAAUGAGGAGAACUUUAUUGCCUCGAUUGAAUUGUGGAGCAAGCACCAGGAUAAGCAAAAAGCUAUGGAAAAACCACAGAGGUCUGAUGGGUCAAAGCAGCAGCGCCCCCAGGUGGCUGAUGCAGAGGAGAAGAAAUCACAGAUCAGUGCUGACAGUGGCCUCAGUGUCACAUCUGGAUCGCAGAAGAGCGACACUGAAUCUGUAACAAGCUCAGAGCCACCAAUCCUGACGAGAACCACCAGCCAGGACUCUGAGGCCAGCACAGUGAUAAGCAAUAGCUCUGGAGAGACUCUCGGUGCCGACAGUGACCUGAGCAGCACAGCGGGAGAUGGCCUCGGCAGGACUGCUCCUCAUUUAAUGCAGUCCAGAGGGACUCUGUCUGACAGUGAGAUUGAAACCAAUCCAGCCACAAGCUCAGUGUUUGGAAAAACCCACACUCUGAAACCAGGUGCGAAAGAACAUAUGCCUGCUGUGGCAAAGGGGCUGCCUGUGCAGCCCAUGGAGGACUACAGUAUGCGGAUUUACCUCUGUGAAGGCCUGCUGGGCCGUGAUAAGAGCUCCGUUUGGGAUCAACUAGAGGAUGCUGCCAUGGAAACCUUUUCUCUAAGUAAGGAGCGCUCCACCUUGUGGGACCAGCUGCAGUUCUGGGAGGAUGCUUUCUUAGAUGCUGUGAUGCUGGAGCGUGAGGGCAUGGGGAUGGACCAGGGCCCCCAGGAGAUGAUUGAAAGAUACCUGUCCCUGGGAGAUCAUGACCGUAAGCGUCUGGAGGACGAUGAAGACAGACUUCUGGCCACGCUGCUGCACAAUAUGAUAGCAUACAUGCUAAUGAUGAAAGUGACCAAAAACGACAUCAGGAAAAAAGUGAGGCGUUUGAUGGGAAAGUCCCACAUCGGCCUCACGUACAGCCAAGAGAUCAAUGAGAUGCUGGACAAACUGGCUAACACGAAUGGUCGUGAACUGUCCAUCAGGCCCAGUGGAAGCCGACAUAUCAAAAAGCAAACGUUUGUCGUUCAUGCUGGCACUGACACCACAGGAGACAUCUUCUUCAUGGAGGUUUGUGAUGACUGUAUAGUCCUGCGCAGCAACAUCGGCACAGUCUAUGAACGCUGGUGGUAUGAGAAGCUUAUCAACAUGACUUACUGCCCCAAGACCAAGGUGCUGUGUCUCUGGAGACGCAACGGCCAGGAGACACAGCUCAACAAGUUCUAUACCAAAAAGUGUCGUGAACUCUACUACUGUGUUAAAGACAGUAUGGAAAGAGCUGCAGCAAGACAGCAAAGCAUUAAACCAGGUCCAGAGCUGGGUGGAGAAUUUCCCGUCCAAGACAUGAAAACUGGCGAAGGUGGACUGCUGCAGGUCACACUGGAAGGAAUCAACCUUAAAUUCAUGCACAGCCAGGUUUUCAUAGAGCUGAGUCACAUUAAAAAGUGCAAUACAGUGAAGGGAGUCUUUGUCCUGGAGGAAUUUGUUCCUGAAACUAAAGAAGUGGUGAUCCACAAGUACAAGACGCCCAUGGCACAUCAGAUCUGUUACUCCGUCCUCUGUCUGUUCUCUUACGUGGCAGCAGUGAAGGGGAAGGAAGCAGAAGGAAAACCCAAGAUACUUUCGCCAAGACCCCUUGCUAGCUAGUCUACACCCACCCUCUCUCUCCCCCCCACCCCAAAUCUCCCCACUCCCUCCCGCCCCAAUGUCCUUGGAGUGCCUCUCUACUUGAUACGGCAUUUCAGUUCCAAAACCACAGACUUCUGACAAUCCAUAACUAUAUUCUAAGCACACGAUUCCUGCUCCCUCCUCCUCCUCCUGUAUAUACAAGCCCCGAGUAUUGUGUAGACGUGUUUGGUCUGUGAUGUCAUGUAAAUACUCCCCAACUGCUGUCGUUGUUGUCAGUGUUUGCCUCCGUGCUCCUCUCCGCUCGAGUUUUAGUCUUUUGACUCAACAGUCUGUGGAGGUUCGAUCCCCCCGAGGCUCCGAGUGCACGCAGGUCCCGUGCACAGCUCUGACACACUCACCGCAGAGUGGCCACCCCCAACCCCCCCCGAGCCUCCGCCUCCCACCCUCCUUUUCCAACUGCCCUCUGUCUCGUCUGUGUGACUUACUCUGUGAUUAUAUGGUUACUGUAAAACUUCCAGUCUGUCCAAGUAUAAACUGGUGAUUUAAAAACAAACAAGGAAAACAAAAAAAAAACCAUCCCAUUCUGAAAAUGCUCCUGUUAACUGCACCAGAGCACUGCAUGUACACGCGGCUUUAACGGUGUUGGAACCCUAGAAUAAUGUUUGUUCUCAGACACGAGUGUUCUCUUGCUCUAGCUCAGCUUCUCCAAAGGCUGAAUUACUGUCGUAGUUCUACUGUAAAACUCAUCGUCUGUGGUCUGUUCUUAUCCACUGCAUGUUAGGGUGAAAAUAAAUAUUAUAUAUAUAUUUCUAUAUAUAGUAUUUAUUUAAUAUAUAUUGACUGUACAUUUCUCUGGAGAAAAAAAAAAUGUUACAACUUGUUUAUUUGCUAGAUGUGCAAUACUUAUUGAGUAGUUAGCCAUUGCCAGAGCCAGGUUUUCUUGAGUUAACUGGCUUUCACAGGGUGGAGAAUGUCUUCUUUAAAGAAGUUAAUAGUGAUUGGUGUGAAUUUGAUGAUUUAGAGUGAAGUGACUAUUUAAAGUUUUGUUUUUAAAAGGUAAAACUAACUCCAGGUCACAUAUACACCACAAUUAGUGAUGUCACAGCAGGUGUUUUUAAAUGGGUGGUAUUGUUGUCUUCUCACAGAUUUUAAGUGACUUCAGAGGCAGUAAUAUUGAUUUUUGCGUUUUAAUUAUGUGAAUUUAAAACUAUAAACUGUAUCUGGGCAUUUCCAGAUACUAAAUCAUGUUAAAAAAAAUGGAAUAAUACCAGCAUGAGGAAUAAUGCUGCAGGAGACUGUUAUUUAAAUCUUUGUUUGGUCAGAAUAAAGUCAUAAGUGACCAGUUUAUCAAACCAACAAUCCACAAGAUAGCAAACGUAACUAUUAUUCAAAUUUGACAAACUGAAACCUGAGGAGCAUGAAAGAUGAAGCACCUGCUUCUCCAUCACUUCAACUCACAGCAGCACGUUUCCAUCCUGUGAUUGACUGUUGAUUUACCACUCGGACGUGUUGAAGCCUUCAGGCUCUGGUCUCCUGCUCCCAGAGGGUUAAUGUCAUUUCUGUUCAGUGAUAGUACACAACUGUUCAGUCUGGUCCCAUCACAGUGUGUAAGUGUGUGUGUAAGCGUGUGUGUGUGUGUGUGUUGAACAGUUUAUUCCCGAUCAGCAAUAUCAGUACAGCCAUGUCACUGAAAGAUGUUUUAUUUUGAUUCUGACGUCCUUAUAUAUAUAUAUAUUAGAAGUUUAAAUGCUUAAAGGAAAACGAGAAAGAAAUUCCUUUGACCACAUGUUGGUGUAAACGCGACCAAACCUGAUCUGAACAGAUGUAAAUCUUGGGAAUGGGACCAGCUCUUUUCUGCUUAAGUCAAAAAAGUUUUUUGUUUUACUGGAUUAUUGCAACUCAUCUCCUGUCGUUGUUUAUGCUCGCUGCUGUUAACAAGAAGACAACAAACGAGAUGCAAGUAUUCCAGUAUUUGAAGAUUAUUUAUAGAAUAUCUACAGCUUUGGCAAUAUAAUAAAGUUGUCUCAAAUGAA